AAGUUGUUUUGUUGGAGCUGUGACCGCGUGUGGCGACGUGUGUUUGAGCUCUUUUGUACUAUGGUCGCAUGAAGACGUGAAGAUAUUGAAAACCAGUAAUUCGGUUUGUUCGGCGCUGGCGUAACUACCAUCAUAUACAUACUUGUCGUGAAAUAAACUUUCUCCACUCGUCGUCAGAGUCAGAGGCAGUUAUUGAAGACUGCAAAAGUUCAUGACCUCCGCGUCCGCACCUCGGAUUAACGAACUCUCGUCUGCGCAACAAGGGUAAGUCAUAGCUUGGCGGCUACAGCACUCAUCUGCGAAGAUGGGUCAUAUGUGGGAUUACUGGGAUGCCCCAUGGAAUAAGUUCUGGAAUAAUGCCAUUCAUAGGUAUAACAACAUGGCAGCGAUUCCAGCCGGGCCGCGGCUAGCUAUACAGGGCGUAAUUGGUAUCGGCUUCGCUGCCACUUUCAUCCCGUGGGCGUACUUUUCUUUUCUAAACUUAUUUUAUGUACACCUAGGCAUGAUUAGCUUGUUUAGAAGUUAGAAGCUGUUCUUCCUACUACUCUUUUCUUUGUUUCAACAAGUUAGACUCUACUUUUCUUGUCAGAAGGUACAUCAAAUUGACUGAACGACCUCAAAACCAUUUGACCACGUGGUAGAAGAGGUAACACGACAUGAGAUCUUGCAACAUCACGUGUACGAUUAGUACACAUGCUGCACUCGAAGAGUCGGUCUCGAUGUUGAAGGCGGUCACCUCGUGUGGUACUUACCUAUAGAAGAAGCAUCAUCCAUCCCUACCCCACGAAACAUCAGGGCGUCCGUGGACCUGAUUCCAUAUUAUCGAAGUAAGGGAUUUCUCACAAUGAAAACGCGGAUGGAGGGACACUACGACAGGGUCGACACUGGUUUCGUCUACAACGACUAUGACUUGGGCGCAGAUAAGGCAGUGGAUAAGCUCCCGGAAGCUUCGAAGGGUACAGUUUUGCUCAAUUCUUCUCUACAACUGUGCCACAAGAACAUAUCACCUUCCUUCGCCACAAGCACAAGUGCAUAAUGUAUCAUCUUCAUGAUCAUGAUCAUCAUGUACUUACUAUUUAUCGAUAGAUGUUGAGGUGAUCACCUUCCUUCGCCACAAGCACAAGUGCACAGACCAUACUACAAUAUUACUGGCUAUAUCUCAUCAUCAUCGUCACAACCCUCUACUGCUUCUACCCUCUACUCCGCUUCUAAGUUACAACCAGGACGUGCCUACUUCUAUUUGGACAAUAUAGCUAUUUGGACAUCAAUAACUACAGCUCAAACAGGGUGCUGUCAGACCUACUUCUAUUUGGACAUCAGUAUCACCUCAUAGACCAUACUACAAUAUUACUGGCUAUAUCUCAUCAUCAUCGUCACAACCCUCUACUUCUCCUACAACCCUCUACAGGCAAGAUGCGUCCCUAUCGUCCGACGGAGUGGGCCACCGAAGGACCUGCGGAGCCAGCACCUACGCCGCCGAACUCUAUCCCUCAGCAGAAGCUCUUCCUCGGAUGGCGAUCCUUCUCCUGGUACGAAGGUCUUCAAGGCGACUCGCCUUAAGGAGGAACAUGCUUCUUGUAUGUUGUCUAGAGGUAAGGCAUGUUAUGUUUACUUCUUGGAUGUUGUCUAGAGGCGAUUGUCGUGGCUGCCAUCUCUUCUGAGGGUGCAAAGCAUCGUAUAGUCUAGGGACUGGUAUGGCAUAGCCAGUGGUAGACUUCAUGAUGAUGGUGCCUGCUUAUCACAUCAUUUUUAUGGUCAUCAUUUCUUGUUCCUCGUCACAAUUAUUAUUUGCGUGAUACGAAUAACCCUGAAUCAAUCAAGGGUACCUACACACUGCGCGCAAAUGCAGGAACAAAGUGUAGAAGUAGUACUUGCAUUUCCUAUCAUUUUUCUUCAGGCGCAGGCGCACGCAGACCCCAGCUUUUAAACACAAA